CUCUUGUUUUCCUCUUCCAUCGUACAGUUUGAAGCUGAACUAAAGAGCAGAAGAGAUGGCUGUGGUUAGUGGAACAUACCGCAUGGUUUCGGAGGAGGAGCAGGCUCUAAGGGCCAAACUGGAACGUCUCACCGUCAAGGACCACGGGCCAGUGUUUGGACCCUGUGCCAGCCUGCCGGACCACACCAAGCAGAAGGCCAAGGACGAGCUCAACGAGACAGAUGAGAACAAAGUGGCCGCAGUGAAGGAGCUGAGGGGAAUUAUUAAGGAGAGAGCAGAUGGAGGUGACGACCUGGCCAAGGGGGUUCAGGACACAUUCGGGGAGAAACCAGACGGCAUGCUAGUCCGCUUCAUCCGUGCCAGGAAGUAUGACGUGCCUAGAGCCUACGACCUCAUGAAGGGCUACGUGCGAUUCAGGAAGGAUUACCCCGAGCUGUUUGAGAAUCUGACCCCAGAGGCCGUACGCAGCACCAUCGAGGCCGGCUACCCCGGCAUCCUGCCCAGCAGAGACAAGUACGGCCGCGUCGUUCUGCUCUUCAACAUCGAGAACUGGGACUACGAGGAGAUCACCUUCGAUGAGAUCCUGCGCGCCUACUGUGUGAUCCUGGAGAAACUUCUGGAGAAUGAGGAGACUCAGAUCAACGGGUUCUGUAUCAUUGAGAACUUCAAGGGCUUCACCAUGCAGCAGGCGUCUGGAAUCAAACCCACCGAGCUCAAGAAGAUGGUGGACAUGUUGCAGGAUUCUUUCCCAGCCCGUUUCAAAGCUGUGCACUUCAUCCACCAGCCUUGGUACUUCACCACCACUUACAACGUGGUCAAACCCCUCAUGAAGAGCAAGCUGCUAGAGAGAGUGUUUGUCCACGGAGACGAGCUGGAGAACUACUACAAGGAGUUUGACGCCGACAUCCUUCCCUCUGAGUUUGACGGAAAGUCUUCCAACUACGAUGGCAAGGCCACAUCAGCCAAGCUGUUCGACUAAACCUCCUCCUGUUCACACCAACAAGGCAGAGAGCUGUUAUAUAUAUGUUUGACAAAAGAACCCGCAGACUGUGGAGACUCGAAGCCCAAUCGAGCUGUGUGGUUGUAGGAAAACAAAGUUAUGAAUGAAGGUCGUGAGUGUAUUAAAAGUACAGGUUGUGUAGUUUUCCAGAGGUCCUGACGAAGCAACAGUCACACAGACGGAGACAGACUAACUUCAUGUCAUUAUUCCACUCUUCAAUAAUCCCUAUGAAGCAUUUCUAAAGCAUAUUUAAAGGCUCUGAGAUCGGCCAAACUCAGUUGAAUUGAAGCCAGAAGCUGUCCUGGAGGCGGGGGUUUAACUAAAAGUGGAAUGGUUUGGAAAAUAUUCAGCCUUCCUGUGGAGUUAUAAAUGAUUAACCACCAUGACCACUCAGACACAUUGGACAUUUUCAGGAACAUAAUGACAUAACUCAUUCAGACAGGCCGACUCACAGGAAGACAAAUAAGUGAUCAACGUUGUUGGAAUGUGAAUACCAGGUUACGGUUAUGUCUGUCUCCUCUCUGUGUGUUUGUGCUUCAUCUUGACCAGCGUUCAUCCACACAGCUUGUUGUAACACUGGCAGGCUCCAGCUUUUAAAGUUCCCGCUCUCUGCCCCCCCCCCAACACUCCACUCCCUUCAUGUACAAGGCUUCUACUCCAUCAAGUGCCUGUCUCUCAAUGGUUUUUUAGAUCGUUCUUCUAUAUGAAUAUUGUGAAGUUUUACCCAUUGUGCUACCUGGUGCACCAAUAAGAAUGUCAAUAAAUGUACAAUAAACUGUAUAUAAAUAA